CUGGCAGAGCCUGGCCUGCUCUGGCUUACGCCUGGACUCCUGUUGAACAUGUCCGUGAGUGUUGAGCCAGGCUUUUCUCACAGCUGGGUGCUGCCAUUGGCAGCUCUCAGUGCCCAGCCUGGAGCCACUAGUAGUGUUGAGUUUCUUGGCUCAGGCCUGAGUUGCCAAGCCUGAGUUGCUUGGCUCAGGCAAUCAAGCAUCUUGAUAAGUGAGCUGUGCAUGGAAACGUACCCUUGGGGUGGCUCUAGGACAGUGUGUGACACCUUUUGGUAAUACCAGAACCAGUCAUGGGGAGCAUCUUCUCAUUCUUGUCUGACCCCAAACUUCAGGAAGGCACAGACAAGGCCACAGAAACAGAGUGGAACUGCCCCAUCUGCCGUGAUACUCGAGAUGACCUUGCUUAUGUAAUGCCCUGUCUCCACCAGUUCUGCCUGGGCUGCAUUAUGCGUUGGGCAGAGAUGCAAAUAGUGUGCCCACUCUGCAGAGACCUGAUAGAGUCUGUAAGGUUUUCUGUGCAGACAGAUAGCUAUAUAGACUGUGUCUUCACAGCCCCCGAAGAUGCCAGCAGCUGGGCAGGAAUAACUCUUGGACAGCUAGUUAGAAACAACCCCUAUCACUUUGCAGCAUCCCCUUCACGUUCUCCACGGGGGAUAUUGCCAGCAGCUGAGCCAGGGGGUGCAGGAACAGAGCCCGUGGGUGGACUCAUGCCUAGGGUGUGGGCAGAACUUUUCCGAAGAGACGAACAUCUCCUUGAUCCUGUGGUGCCCUGGCUGCGGCAGGAGCUGGAGGCAAUAUAUGGAACCAGGUGGUGGAUGGCGAGGAUUGCAGAGAGCAUCAUCCUGCAUGCUGUGUCCAUCUGUGGUCCAGCUGCGAAUGUCUUGGUCCAGGUGCUGCAGGACUUCCUCGAGGAACAUACAGAACCUCUGAUCCAUGGCACCAUCAGCAUCAUUGUUGACCAGUGCAGUGAGGAGGCUCACAGGCUGCUGCACUCCCCUGCUGUCCCAGAGGACGACAGCAGCUCUGUGGCCACCGCCAGCAGCACCCAGCGCGGUACUCCCGCCCCCCAUUCCACCCCUGCCAGAAGCUCUACGAGCUCCAGCACAACGCAACCUGCCCUCGGCAGCCCCCACGCGUCUGCUCCCGUCCCUGCAGACCAGGAAGAACUGCAGGAGGAGGAAAAGUGCCACCAAAACCUCAAGUCUGGACAUGAGGAGAGCAGAAUUCAGGCUGCUAAGGGAAUUAAUGACAGACCAAGAGGGUCUCAGUGCCCUGAGCUGAGGGACCAUGACUGCGAGAAUGAUCAACUCCCAGUCAACCCUGAAAUUGUGCAGGAUCUCCCGAUCCAGCUGCAUCCCUGCGAAUCCAUGGGACCUGAUGGGAUUCAUCUCAGAAUCCUCAAAGAUCUGGCUGAUGUCUUUGUGAAACCAUUCUCGAUGAUUUUUGAGUGGCACAUCGCAUCGGCAAGCACCCAGACACACUCGCGCACAUGCGAGACACACGUCGUGCUGUCUGGCAAACCUCCUCGUCGGGAAGGGCGCCAGCGACGCGAAAUGCAAUCCAGUGGCUUCCCCCUCCCUCCUCCCAAGAAGAGUUAUUUUAAAACUUCAGGCAUAGUUCUCGGUAGUAACAGUGAUCAGGGAUAA